GGUAUAUAUAGUUUAAAGAAGCUCUACUAAGGAGUUCAUAUGAAUUCCACCAUGAAUAAAGAAGCAUCAGAUGAUAUCACCAUCCUUAGUGCUGCUCAGAGAAGCAUAAACACAGCUCAUCACCUCUUUCGCUGCGUCGUGAGCCAAAAGCCGGACAGAAGCGCUUCCCAGGAGCUUAGCGUGAUCGCCCGUGAAACCAUCGCCGAGUUCAAGAACUUACUUUCUUUGCUCGACGGCGUGACUUAUCCCCGCGACAAAAGAAUUCGAAAGGGUCCGUUGCCAACUUCCAACGAGAUCAAUCGUGCUGCGCUGAUUGAAAGAUGGACCUCCCCUAGUUGCUCCAAGAACACCAUGAACUACAAUGGUGUUCAGUUGUUUCAGAAACUGCAGUCUCAAGCAUACUUCGCCGUCCCGAAGUGUACUUCAGGCAUGCAGUUUCCUGGUGCAAUGAAUCAGAGAUUGCUGUUUCCUUUAAGACGGCCGAUCUCUUCUUCGAUUGGCAUGAAUCCUUAUAAAACCAACAUGCAUUUGGUGAACCAUUGCUUCUCUUCUUCAGUAACACAAGGUUCUUCUAUUGGAGAAUCCUCUAUGCUUUCUAAUCAUAAGAGGAAGCACAAUAGUGAAGGGGGAAUGAACUGCACUGCUUCUACUGGAGGAUGCCACUGCUUCAAGAGAAGGAAGCCCAGGAAUAGAACAACAAUAAGAGUGCCGGCUUUUAGUGGCAACUUUGCAGAUAUACCCCCAGAUGAUUUCUCAUGGAGGAAAUAUGGGCAGAAGCCCAUAAAAGGUUCUCCACAUCCAAGGAGCUAUUACAAAUGUAGCAGCUUGAGAGGAUGCCCUGCGAGGAAGCACGUCGAGCGCUGUUUACACGACGCAAACAUGUUGAUCGUAACUUAUGAAGGAGACCACAGCCAUCCAAGAACUGCGUUAGCUACGUCUAGUUUCAUGGUAACUCCGUAGAUGCAUCUCACUAAGAUGCACUCGACAUUAUCAUCGGAUAUCACUUAGUCUGAAUCUCACAGCAGUGUUAGUGCUUGGCCUUAUUCGCGUCGAAUAAGGCUUGACGCCAGCUUGGUAGAUAGAAUUUCAUGGCGUGCGUGUUGAUCCAUCCCCUUCUACGCGAAUCGACAAAUGUAAGUAGUAAGAUCCAAGUAUCCGUGGCUUUUUUGCGAGAACUCAAAAAUAGUAUGCUCCAUUGGGCCUUAUGGGCUCAUUUGGAGCUCGUGUCUCUGGCUACAACGAACUAUCCUUUAUAAACAAAUUUUACAAUACUUUACAAAUAUAUCUAUGUUCGUGACCAUAUUUAGUUCGUGGAGAUAAGCAUGACUUAUAAUUCUGCAAUGAAAUCCGAUUACUAAAGCGAUGUAAUUUGUAAAGCAUCGUGUGUAAGAUGUAUUUCUAGCAUAAAAUUACUGCCCCAACAAGAAAAUGAAAAGAACGUAGUACCACGAGAGCUACAAGGAACGUAAUGCGUAGCCAAUAAAUUACCUGAUCGUAUGUACUGUUUUUUCUUAUUAAUGAAAACGCUCUGCGAGGUAUUUUUUA